GACAUCUCUCCACAUAGAGGAGGUAGCAUUAGUCCUGGAGAGUAUUACAGCUGGAACAUUGUCCAUCCGCAGAAGACGUGACAGGUAGAAAGACAGGGCUUCACCUGAUCCAGAAUAAAAGUAAAAUGGACAAGUUGGAAGAGACAGACCUAUUAUAUAGAGAGAACAGGAACUAUAGCAAUAAUAAUAGUGUGUUUGAAAGUCCUGAUGUUGAAGACAAGGGUAGAAAAAGUGAUGUUGCAAAAGUUGUGGACAGUAAACUGGUAUUUGAAAUGAGAAACUUUGCUGGUGGCAGUCAUACAAGUGUUGGUUCAGACGGAAGGAGGCUGGAGUCAGAAGAAUUUGAAAAUAUUUCCAUUUCUGCUGUUGAAAACAUUCCAGUUUGUGCUAUGAAGAAAACUCCUAAAGAUGCCCUUGAAGAGCUAAAUAGAGAGAAUAUAAAUGCUGGUGGUACUGAAAGUGAAAAGACUAAAGAUUUAAAAGCUGUAGGAGAUAUAUAUAAGAAAAGAGGCAGUAGCUUUGAUAGUCUCAAGUUUGAAAAUGUUUGUGAGGUAAUAGCAGAGGAAGAUGUUAUUGAUGGUAUGAAUGGUGAAUGCAUUGUAACAGAAAAUGGACAUGUCGCAGAUACAAAUGAAGAAACAUUUGAAUACGGCCCGGAUUUGGCAGAAGAUGAGGGUUUAAAAGACAUUUAUUUUGAAGAGCCAGUGGUAAACAAAAGGUUUGGCAGUGAAUAUGAUUCAGAGAAAAAUGAAAGAACAAGAAAUAUAAAAGGGAUAGAGAAGAAUAAAAGUUUGGAAGAAACCAGUAUAUCAAAGGGAAGUGGCCUGAAUUUGGAAGAGGGAUUUAAGUACAACGGCCGGGUGAUCAGUAUAAAGGAGCAUUACGGCCACAUGAUGGAGUUGAGAAGAAGAUCAGAGAGCGGGAUCAGCGGCUCAUGUGACAAACCUCCAGAUAACUACAGAAAGCACAGUAGUGGAGAUUUACACAGUAGACUGAAGACAAGAAAACUUCUAGGUGUUGGUGAAACAGAUGAUGGGGAUGUUCAUAGAUCAAAGCUCAGUCAGAUAUUGGGUCACAGUGACCAGUUGUAUAUCCGAUUACCUAGUGGUCUCCGGCUCUGGCAAAUUGUCCUAGCUGUCGUCUUUUCAGUCUUAUCAUUAUGGGCUCUGUUGUUCCCAGGUCAUUAUUUCCAUGCCAUGUAUGAUAUGGAUGGUUCCAGUUUCACCUUUCCUAUCCGCUUGUAUGCUUGUGCACUUAUUUGUAUCUCAGUGAUGUAUUGGAGCACUGUACAUGCUGCAGAUCGUGAUGUCAUCAGAAUGAUUCUGUUAUCAAGUGUGGUCUUCUUUACUUUACAGUCAGGUGCGAUGGUGUUUGGAAUGAUGACAUUGGUUUUGUCCGUUACUCAGUGGACGAUGACCUUACUGGCACUGCAGUGUGUCUGUGUUUUCAUUGGCUACUUCUUUCACUGUGGUAUGGUGGUAUCCCGCACAGGUGCUCUAAAAAGGACAACAUCCAAUAAGGAUCUUUGUGACAAGGACCAAUGAUUUGAUUGGACAGAUCAUCAAUAAUUAUAUGUUUUCCUGAUUGGCCUUUAGACUGAACGGUGCAAAUAAUUAUAUAUUUAUUAUCUAUCCUAUUGUCAUUAACCUUUUUGUGUUAUGUGAACAACUUGUAUCUUGUUAUAAAUAAGUAAAUGUAGAUAGAAAACUUGCCAAGGUAUCUUACAAGGUAGAGUUUGAAAAGUGAUGAGUUUGUUUCCUGGGUAAGAGGAAUGUUAACCAAGGAUGAUAUCACAGAGGGCAAUAUGUGUGGUGCCAUUCUGUCUAAUUUUUAGCUCGCCUGAGCAUUAAGUGCUUGUGUUGAGCUUUAAGGAUUAUUGGAUGUCCAUUGUUCAUUUGUAUGAUAUUCCUUCAUCCAUCCAUAAUUUCUUUAAAGAUCUGCUAAACCACCAAGCCAAUUUCAUCCAAACUUCAUGGAAAUUUUCCUUGCCUGAUCCCUUUUUAGAUUCCUUCAAAUCCAGGAUGUUCACGCAAAAUUCUGGUUGCCGCAGAAAUCACUAGGCUUAAUUCGAAAUCAUUUUAAAGCAAUACUCAUUGGGAGACUUCAUCCUAUUCCUUCAGUUAAAUCAUUUUAAUUUGUUUAAGAUAUGGCUUCUUGGGGAAAGGGCUUCCUUUCUUUAUAUUUCUAUAUUGAAAACUUUAAAAACUUUCUCUGAAUUUGCUAGAUUAAUUGUGUAAUAAUUUCAAACAUGUUUCCUUGAUGGACCUUCUACCAAGUUCUGUCAGUUCAUUCCGCUAUAUUAGAAAUGAUAGCCAGCAGAAGGUGGAGCAUAUUUUUCUAUGGCUAUUGUCAGAUACUGAGGGCUUAAUUUCAAAAUAAUUUUACUCAAGUGUUACUUAGCUGACCUUCUACAAAAUUCCUUGAGAUCACUUUAUUUCAUAAUAAGCCAUUGCUGCCAGGGGAUAGGGCAGGGUUUCUUUAUAUAAAGGGUUAACUUUGAGAGUCGUCCUUCCAAGAACUACCUGCCUGUUUUCAAAAUGAUUUCAUAAAUUUUCCCUCAUGGGAACCCUCUACCCUGUUCAAAUCAUUUUAAUUAAUGAAAAAACAUGGCUGACAUAGAGCAAGCCCUAACCUAUUGAUGUUUGUGUCGACGUUUGAAUAAAGACUACUGGUAAAUGAAGAAAAAAAUCCCACUUUACAUACAGGUUUUACAGUAUAUUUAAAGCAAGUUUCAUAGAUAGUUAGAUAUCUUUCUUGCUGUUAUGUGUCAUAGGUAAUUUUCCCUUAAAAGGGACUAACCUGAAGACCCCUCUUUUUUGCCUUCUAAAUGAAAGAAGAAAACAAAAAAGGCUUACAAAGGCAUUAGUCACCCAAUGGAAAAUGUGAGCGUAGCUGUACUUAUUUUGAUUUAGGUUUCUGCACAGGCUUUUUCAUAUGUUUUAAAAUAGGGAUAUUUUGACAUAAUUCUGAAGGCUGGUCCCUUUAAAACCAGUUAAUGAUCUCUGUAGUGACAAUUCACAGUUUCAUUGUAGUCAUAAUUAUACAAUACUUGGUAAUAUUGAUUUGAUAUUUUGUUCAGGUGUGUCUAAAUGUGUUUGUUAAAUGUUUCAUCUUUACUACUGCUUUUAUAUUUCUAAAAAAUAUAAGAGACCUGGGCCAAAAUUUAUUCAUCGAUGCUUGAAGACCAGUCUCAGAAAUCUGGCAUCUGAUUGGUUGUGUGUGAACACAGUUCUGGAACUGACCAAUGCACGGUACCAGUCUCAGAAAUCUGGCAUCUGAUUGGUUGUGUGUGAACACAGUUCUGGAACUGACCAAUGGCACGGUUACUUUCUCAGACUGGUUUCCAAUGCUAUAGCCUCUCUAAAUCUUUGAUUGACAUUAUCACUGCAAUAUGUUUCUGGUUUGUUUAUAAUGAUUAGCAGCCUCUAGAUAUAUUAUAUAUUAUUUAUCCAUGUUGACACAGUAAAACCAGUCUAUACAGACCACCCUUAGGAAAGGAAAAUUUGUCUUUGUCAGUAGUCCCUCAUAAUCCUUCAAAAUGUAGUGUUUGUAGGUUUGCAGGUUAUGUAGUUGUGGUCCAUACUUCCAGAUGGUGUUGAGUGCUGGUAAAUUUAAAUAUUUUACUAACAUACUUUUGCAUCAAGCUACUUCAGUACUGUUUGAGCCUCUCCCUCAUCACAGUGGGUUUGAACCAUUGUUCCCUUGAAGCAGCCCAUCCCUACCAUAGUGCCCAAAAUUUUGACACCAUUAAAAGCUACAAAGUACCCAUAUAACCUGAAUUGAUUAUGUGACUGAAAAAUGUACCAAAUUAGGAACAUAUUGUGAAACUAAUGCUUUUAUUGUUCUUAUUAUGUUUGUUACAGAUAGAAACUAUGUUAAAAAUUAUUAUAGUCAUAUUUAUUGCAUUUAGAAUAUAAAAAGCACAAUAUGUAUAUUAGAUUUGUAAUUAUUUUUCAUUUUUAACUUGUUGUUUGUUGAACAGGCCUAAUUGUGUAUUAAACAUUGAAAAAAAAUAAGUCUACUGUCUUGCAGUUAUGGUAAACAGAUUGACACAGUAUUAGAUAAAAGAUGAAUGUGUAACUUUUGAAAAUAAAUAAUGAAAAUCAGCAUUAAUUAAAUAUUGAUAAAAAAACUAAAAAUAGAAUGUUGAUAUAAAAUCUUCUCAAAUAUUGUAUUCCUUCUCAGAUAUUAUACUCUGUCAAAGGCAAUUCUCACAAUAAUAAACUUUAAGCAGGUACUAUGCAUUUAGGAUAUUGUGACAGCCGAGCAUAUAACAUUUUUUUUUUUUUACAAGGAACCAAUAAUUGUCAAGAAAAUAAUUCUGUUUACUUACAGAUCAUUGUAACAAGGAGUGUUCACCCACAUCAAAUAUCUAAUAAUAAAUACCCUUUAUCAUAUGUUUGACGUCGCAGGAGUGUAAUAAAGCCAUUACAUAAAAAUAAUACACUAGUGUAAUAAAGCUUUGACGUCAACGUCGUUUAUAAUAUAGGAGAUGUUGCUCAAAUUGACUUGUUUAUAAUAGUUAAAAGAAAGUAGAAUUUUGAUGUUUCGACAGGAAAAGCUAACGUGAUAAAAAGAAUAUUACAUUUUUGACUUUCCACAUUUAAUUUUUUAUUAAACUUGUUGGAUAGAUUCAUUAUGAAAAGACACUCUUGUAAUAUCCUCUAUUUAUACCAAUCUUCUAAACUUAGCCUAAUUACUAAUACUUUUAUCCUUGCAGUAUGAAUGAAAAUCGCUAUAUUUUAUAUAUAUAUCUGUAUAUACAUGUAGGUGCUGGAUCAAUUAUGUCACUUUGCAAAGUGAUUGUGUUUUAAUGAGAAAUCCAUUUUAUUUACUUCAGUAUCAACUUGUAUACAC